GCUAGGGGCAGCCAUGGCGGAGGCGCCCAUGCAGGACCCAGCCCGGCCCUGGCCGCCGCCCGCGGGCGCCUACGCGGAGGAGCGGGGGCUCUUCCAGCUCCUGCAGAACAUGCUUGAAGAGCUAUUAAUUCAUAAGCCAGAUGAUCCCAUUGAGUUCAUGAUAAACCACUUAAAGCAAAACAACGAUGAUGCUCCAAGAAUUUGUGUCCUUGGUCCACCUGCUUCUGGGAAAACUACAGUUGCAAUGUGGCUUUGUAAACAUUUCAAUGCCAUACGUGUCUCUCAUGAGACUUUGUUAUUCAAGGAAGUACUAAUGCAGACAGAGGAAGCAAAGGCAUAUAAAGAAAGAAACCAGAAAAUUCCCAACGCGCUUUGGGCCAAUCUGAUCCAGGAACGUCUGUCAAACGUGGACUGCAUCAAACAAGGAUGGAUUUUGGAAGGCUUCCCUGAAAAUCAGGAGCAGGCAUGGAUGCUGCAAUCAUCUGGCAUUUUUCCUAGGCAUGUUGUUAUGCUCUGUGCCCCAGACACUGUGCUGAUUGAGAGGAGUGGUGGGAAAAGGCUCGAUCCCCUCACACAAGAGGUUUUCCACACAACCUUUCACUGGCCAAGUGACCCCCUGGUACAGCAGAGGUUGGUGGAACCAGAAGAUCUCUCUGAGCAGGAGGUGUCCAAGAAGCUGCUGGAAUAUCACAGAAACUUCCCAGAGAUUUUCCACAUCUACCAGAAAGUUCUGAAAUCCAUCAAUGCAGACCAGCCCUCCGUGGAUGUUCUCUCACAGGUUCUUGCCUUUGUCCAAACCCGGCACCGAUCUGCUGCCCCCUUUACACCCCGGAUUCUCUUUUUUGGCCCCCCAGGCAGUGGGAAGAGCCUGCAGGCAGCACUAAUAGCUCAGAAAUAUGAUGUUGUCAACAUUUGCUGUGGGCAACUGCUAAAGGAAGCUGUUGCAGACAACACAAAACUUGGAGAACUCGUUAAGCCUUACAUUGACAGUGGAUGCCCAGUGCCAGACAACCUUGUCCUGAAGCUGCUGACAGAACGCCUGAACGCCCUCGACUGUCUGACCAAUGGCUGGGUGCUCUCUGGCUUCCCCAGGGAUGUCAAGCAGGGAGAGCAGCUGCAGAAAGCACAGAUGAAUCCCAACAGGGUGUUCUUCUUUAAUCUCCCCUACGAGUCCAUCAUGGAGCGCCUGUCCCAGCGGAGGACGGAUCCCGUCACUGGGGAGAGAUACCACAGUACAUUCAGACCAGCUCCCACUCCAGAGAUCCAGGCCCGCCUCAGGCAGAACCCCAAAGACAAGGAAGAAAAUAUUGAGAAGCGCCUGGACACCUAUUACAGCAACAUCAAGGCCCUGGAGCAUUUUUACCAAGAUGCCUUUUAUGUCAAUGCUGACCAAGACCCUUACGUUAUCUUUGAGUUCAUAGAAAGCUGUAUCAUUAAGCCUCUUCCAUGUAAAAACAUUAGAAGUUUAUAAUUAAGUGAUGA